AUGGUCAUCCCUAUCUUCACCGACAUCUCGAACUUCGAAGACAUUGGCUUGGAAGAUGACGCUGAGAUCUCUUAUGCCGAUCCACCAGGCUCCUAUGGCCGCGCUGGAGUAAUGGCACGGUCGCCUGCCGCUCGAUUGUCAAGCAAAGCCCCUGCGGCCUCGACCCGUGAGCUAACCGCUGCUCCCAAAUCCCGCAAGCGGAGCCCUCUACCUCCGAUACAAAACGGGGCUGCCAGAAUUCCUCAGUCCGCAGGAUCCCUCACGGCCAGAACUGGCAAUCGCAGAGAUUCCGGGGUCACAUUGCAGUCGCCCGGUUUGGCACCAUCUCAACCCCGCCGCUCACGGUCUGUCUCGCCGUUAAGGCCGACAUCCAGCCGCUCCGCCUCGAACACGAGCUUAGCUCUGUCUCCGCUAUCCGCACGAGUGCCUAUUCAGAAACAGACCUGGCAGCCGAAUCGCAAGUCUCUUAAAGACCUGGAGGCAGAGUAUCAUGACUCGGACGAUGAGCUGCCAGAUGACGCGAGCUUAUGGAACAUUCCUAUCUCUCCGCGUCCAGUUCAGGAUCGGGCCCCAUCACGGCCCGCCAGUCCGAAUGGUCGCAGCCCGGGGCGACGGCCACUGCCUAUCCAGCACAGCAUACCGGACGAUGGGAAGUCAGCACCGCCCGAAAACACGGCCAAGGCCUCUCGCAUGAAGCGCAUACAGCGAUCGAGCUCCGCAGGACCGGAGCGCGGGCAGAUUUCGCCACGCAAUCCCCGCACGUACUCGUAUAAUAGUUUCUUAUCCGACUUGUCUGAGGAGGCAAAGAUCAUCACCGAAGCUCUGGAGCUGCAUGCUGAUGACAAAGAUCGCAAGUACGAGGAGAAUGUUCAAACCGGUACUGUGCGAAAGUCCAGCGAGGACUCAUAUCGAGCAUCUCGCGAGGCUGUCGUUUUGCCGCCUAUACAGAAAUCCAAUAUCAUGAUCGAUCCAUUGCCAAUCAGCAAGGAGAAAGAGAAGGUGCUGACACGCACACGCCCAAGCUGGCUUCCACCCAAAGAUCAAAAAGAGGAGAGGAAACAUCUGAAGCAGUACCAGCAAAUGAUGGCUCAAUCCCGAGAAACCGAGAAACGCAAAGCUGCUAGGGAUGCAAAUGCGCAGUGUGAAAAGGACAACACCCGAGUAACAUUGCAGAACAUCUGGGAUGAAUACGUCUGUCCGCAUUGGGACCGGGCUCUCCGCGAGCCUCGAAUUCGCGAGCUAUGGUGGCGUGGAAUUCCGCCUCGUAACCGCGGUGCCAUUUGGAAACGAGCUAUUGGCAACGAACUAGGAUUAACCGAUGAGACCUUCACCAAAGCGCUGCGCCGUGCCAAGGAUCUUCAAGGCAAAAAGGAUGCAGAAAACGAUAACAACAAACGACUACAGGACUGCUUUGAGGCAAUCGAAGCAGAUGUGUCCAAGGCUUUCCCGGACCUGAACCUCUUCCAAGCAGGUGGUCCACUACGGGAUACCCUUAUCGACGUCCUGCAAGCAUACUGCAUGUACCGCAGUGACGUAGGCUACAUCCAUGGCUUGCACACCAUCGCCGCUCUCCUCGUCCUCCAAUUUCCUACCCCCGCUUCCGCCUUCCUCGCCAUGGCCAACGCACUCAACCGCCCCUUGCCUGUUGCAUUCCUCACCUGGGACCGCGGCGCCAUGGCCCGCUCUUACACACUGGCAUCGGAUACCCUGCGUUACAAGUUCCCCCGUCUACACACCCAUCUUGUUGAAACCUUCCAACUCUCUGAAGCAGAGAUCUGGGAGCCUAUCUUCCGUUCACUCCUGACCAACGGUCUGGACCUCGAGCGCAUCUCCCGCGUUUGGGACUGCUGGGUCUUCGAAGGCGACCGUGUCAUGAUCCGCUCCGCCGUCGCCAUCCUAGGCUGUCUCCAGACACAGUUGUUCUCCUUCCAACAGAACGAUGAACAGUCCCGUCUUGUCGUGCGCGAUAUCAUAGGCUGGGGUCCCCGCCAUAUCGGAGCCAACACUCAAAAGCCCAAAGACCGACACAGCGCCCCUGCCGCUGCCGGCUUUGGCGGUGGGCAAAUUGAGAAUCCCGGUGUUGCUGAUUACUGGAUUCUCACUGCUGCAGGUGACGAGGAUGGAUUUAUGAAUGCCGUUCGAGAAGCCGGAAAGGUGCGCCAACAGCCUCCAGCCACUUCUUGA